AUUAAAUUACAAAGAGGACACAGCACCACGGCUUCUCUUCCUCAGCACGGCGACAGGGGCUUCCCCUUCGCCGCCGCCGCCGCCGCCGGCCAAGCUCCGCCGCGCCCGCGGCCCGCGGCCGCCAUGCAGUUUAUGUUGCUUUUUAGUCGUCAGGGAAAGCUUCGACUGCAAAAAUGGUAUGUCCCACUAUCAGACAAAGAGAAGAAAAAGAUCACAAGAGAACUUGUUCAGACCGUUUUAGCACGGAAACCUAAAAUGUGCAGCUUCCUUGAGUGGCGAGAUCUGAAGAUUGUUUACAAAAGAUAUGCUAGUCUGUAUUUUUGCUGUGCUAUUGAGGAUCAGGACAAUGAACUAAUUACCCUGGAAAUAAUUCAUGGUUAUGUGGAAUUACUUGACAAGUAUUUCGGCAGUGUCUGUGAACUAGAUAUCAUCUUUAAUUUUGAGAAGGCUUAUUUUAUUUUGGAUGAGUUUCUUUUGGGAGGGGAAGUUCAGGAAACAUCCAAGAAAAAUGUCCUUAAAGCAAUUGAGCGGGCCGAUCUACUGCAGGAGAGUUUCUUUUCUUCUUGAAGGAUGUUUUUCCAGUGAAGAGGGGUUUCUCCCUAUGAAGAGUAUUCUCACAUUUAAUAGAUG